UUCAUUGCUAUCUGUCGGAACUUCUUUAAAUCGGAUGGUUCAGUUAAGUUCGCAACUUUGUUGUGUUUGGAUAAGAAAAAAAUGUUUUCUUUCACGAUAUCAAUCAGUGUAUUUCUAGUCGUAUUUUUCGCUGUAGCAUACUGCGAUAAUGAUCUCAAAGUUGAAGUGUUGUAUAAACCGGAAAUGUGUGAAAAUAAAUCUAAAACUGGCGAUAUGUUGACCAUGCACUACACGGGUACUUUGACGGAUGGUACCAAAUUCGAUUCAAGUUUGGAUAGGGAUCAACCUUUCUCUUUUCAACUAGGCGUAGGUCAAGUGAUCAAAGGCUGGGAUCAAGGUUUAACGGAUAUGUGCGUAGGGGAAAAACGUAAACUCACCAUCCCUCCGCAACUAGGAUACGGUGAUAAAGGUGCCGGUAACGUGAUCCCUGGUAAAGCGACUUUGAUAUUCGAAGUAGAAUUGAUCCACAUCGGCGAUGCUAAGCCGGCUAACGCGAACGUUUUCAAAGAAAUCGACGCCGACAAAGACAAUCAGCUAAGUCGAGAGGAAGUAAGAGAAUUUGUAAGCGAAUAUCUCAAAAAACAAAUGGUUGCGGCCGAAGGUGAAGUACCUAGCGAAGAAGUGAAGAACAUGCUGGCGGAUCACGAUAAAUUAGUCGAGGAGAUAUUCCAACACGAGGAUCAAGAUAAAAAUGGUUUUAUUUCGCAUGCCGAAUUUUCGGGUCCGAAACACGAUGAAUUAUAAAUUUUUAUUUUGUUUAUUUAGUUGAUUAUUAUCGAUAUUUUUAUAUUUUUUGUUAAAAUUCCGUACUUACUAAACCAAAACCAUCUCAAUUUACAGUUGUAGCAGUUUGAUUAUUUUCCAGAAUUAUUUUAUUCAAUUGACGUUAUUGUUCUUAUUUUUUGACUAAUUCAAGGUUGUUGUUACGUAAUUAAUUAUUUAUCUCGUAUAUAUUUGUUCAAAAGAAUAAUUGUAGGAAACUGUUUUUAUACGAUUUUACACAAAAUGUUGUUAUAGGUACGUGGUUUGUAGACAAAUAAAUCUUUUUACCUAAAA